AUGUCAAAGCUAGUCGAGGUUUUUCUGGGGAAUCUGUGGACGCAGCGCUUCACCUUUGCCUGCAUGGGUAUCGACCUGCAGCCGUCGAGAAAUGGAGGUGUCCUCCGAUCGCCCCUGCUGUACGGGAUUAUGGUCUGCUCCACCGGCUUCGAGCUCUGCACUGUCUGCGCCUUCAUCGUCAAGCAUCGCAACCAGAUUGUGCUCUGCUCAGAGGCGCUGAUGCACGGCCUGCAGAUGAUCUCGUCACUGCUGAAGAUGGCCAUUUUUGUGGCCAAAUCCCGCGAUUUGAUGGCCCUCAUCCGGAUGGUCCAAGCUCCAUUUAGCGACGACAGUGUCAUCGGAUUUACGGAGUGGAACUCGCAAAACCGCCGGGGCCAGCUGAUGGCCGCCGUCUACUUUGCCAUGUGUGCCGGCACGAGUGUCUCUUUUCUGCUGAUGCCAGUGGCACUGACCAUGUGGCGGUACCACUCUACGGGGGAGCUCGUCCCAGUCAGCUCGUUCCGGGUGCAACUUCCCUACGACAUCACCAAGCCGCACAUUUAUACAAUGGACUGCGUCCUGAUGGGGUUCGUGCUAACCUUCUUCUGCUGCUCCACCACUGGAGUGGACACCUUGUAUGGGUGGUGUGCUCUGGGUCUGAGUUCCCAGUACCGCCGCCUGGGAAAGCAGCUGAAGCUCCUUCUCGACAACCAAUUAGAUCCCUCCCGCUCCGACCUGGGUCUGAGCGAGCUGUUCUGGGAGCACGCUCGUCUCCUUAGGUUGGUGGAGUACUUCAAUGCCAGUUUCAUGGGAAUCGCCUUCGUGGAGGUUCUGGUAAUCUGCGUGCUGUACUGCUCGGUGAUCUGUCAGUACAUAAUGCCGCACAGCAACCAGAACUUCGCCUUUCUCGGCUUCUUCUCGAUGGUGGUGACCACGCAGCUGUGCAUUUACCUCUUCGGAGCGGAGCAGGUGCGGCUGGAGGCCGCUGGAUUCGCCAGGGAGCUCUACCAGGAGCUGCCCUGGCAGAAGCUCUUGCCGUCGCACCGAAAGCUAAUGCUCUUUCCGCUGCAACGGGCUCAGAGGGAAACUGUCCUGGGGGCCUACUUCUUUGAGCUGGGGAGACCUCUGCUCGUCUGGAUAUUUCGCACGGCGGGCUCUCUAACAACAUUGCUGAAUGCCCUUUAUGCCAAAUACGAAACGGCUUAA